CUGGUUCAACCAGAGUGCAACCUGGUCAUCUACCUCUGGCGCUGGAGCAGCUGCAGGAGCUGGGACGUGCCGAGCAGCAGCGGAGCUGAGGCUAGGGAGGCCAGGCUGGCGCACUGCGGGGCGCCGAGGACGAGCAGUCGGCCCAGCCGCCUCCCGGAGGCCCAUGCGGGGCCAGUAUAGCCCGCUGUCCGUUCAUGAGGCCGCCGUGGUGCUGGAGGAGGACCCGCGGCAUCCCGCUGGGGCUGCUCGCGCUCUGGGUGGCCGCCGCCCGCUGUCUGCAGAGUCAUGGGGUGUCACUGUACAUCCCCCGGUCAGCCAUCAAUGCCACAGUCCAGGAAGACAUCCUGCUCUCGGUGGAAUACUCCUGCCAUGGAGUACCCACAAUCGAGUGGAAGUACACAUCAAACUGGGGUGAGCAGAAGAUCGUGGAGUGGAAGCCGGGGACCCCAGCCAAUGUCUCCCAAAGCCACACAGACAGAGUCUGCACCUUCGACAAUGGGUCCAUCCAGCUUUUUGGUGUGGGCGUGAGGGACUCUGGCUACUACAUCAUCACUGUCACGGAGCACCUGGGGAGCAGACAGUUCGGCACGAUCAUGCUGCAUGUGUCUGAGAUCCGCUAUGAAGACCUCCACUUUGUCGCUGUCUUCUUUGCUCUGCUGGCAGCUGUGGCUGUGGUGCUCAUCAGCUUCAUGUGGGUCUGCAACCAGUGUGCGCACAAAUUCCAGAGGAAGAGGAGACACAAGCUCAGAGAAAGCACCACUGAGGAGCUUGAAAUGAAAGAUGUUGAGUGUUAGCCAAGACUCUGCCCAAUUACACUGCUACCUCAAGAGAAAAACAGUAUUUUCCAGUUGGAGGAACCGACCGAGACAAUCCUCACUGCAGCCUCUGGCCAUCCUUUUCUGACAGAGACAACUGCAAGAUCGGAAAGCUGUUGGGGGAGGGGAGAGCCUGAGGCGGCAGCUUACUUUAGGAAGCAGGCUCUAGGACUUGCGUGUAGGAACCGAUCAACUGAGGCUUUCGGCCGGGAACUUUUCGAUUGCAGCUUCAGGGCCAGGCUGAUCCUUAACCAACGACACCAGCAGGCACCAGAAGCUGCUUGCAGUGCUGGCUCUGAUCCCAUGCUGGCCUGCUGGAGGAGUCCCUGUGUCCAGGGCCAGAGUGUCUGCAGAGAGGCUCAUGCAGCCAGCAUUGGGACCGUGCUCUCUGUGCCUGCCCACAAACUGCUGCAGCCUCCGUCUCCAUCUUCCGUUGCACACACACGACUGUGCAGACACUGUGAGCAAGCCUGAGGCUCUGAGCCGGUCUCAUGAGGUCGAGAGCUGCACCUCAGGGAGCCGAACUGAGUACACCAGGGAAGCAGAAGAUGGCGUUCCCAUCCUCCCUCAGACAAAAUUAAUCAGGCGGCCUAACCUUGGGUUUUGUGUGAGGAACACGUGACUUGUGUUGACUAAGGCAGCUGGAUUGGAUGGGCGGUACAACAGGAAACUACUGUAAGGUCAGGCUUCAUUCAGUUUCAUCCUAUCCGGUCACCAACACCCGGGCUGAAGAUGUGGCCACGCCUACCUCACAGGGCAUGAGGAGAAGCCACCAUUAGGCUACACGUCUCGGAGCGAUUAAGAAAAGCAUGAGAGCCGGGCAGUGGUGGCGCACGCCUUUAAUCCCAGCACUUGGGAGGCAGAGGCAGGCGGAUCUCUGUGAGUUCGAGACCAGCCUGGGCUACAAGAGCUAGUUCCAGGACAGGCUCCAAAACCACAGAGAAACCCUGUCUCGAAAAACCAAAAAAAAAAAAAAAAAAAAGCAUGAGAGUGCUGGAGAGAUGGCUCAGUGGUUAAGAGCAUUGCCUGCUCUUCCAAAGGUCCUGAGUUCAAUUCCCGGCAACCACAUGGUGGCUCACAACCAUCUGUAAUGAGGUCUUGUGCCCUCUUCUGGCCUGCAGACAUACACACAGACAGAAUAUUGUAUACAUAAUAAAUAAAAAAUAUUUUUAAAAAAAGAAAGAAAAGCAUGAGAAUCCCUGAAGCAUCUGGAAAGCUAUGUGGGAAAGUGCUGUAUUGGGAAGCAGCGCUCUAAGGUGCCCUGGGAUGGAGCCAGAGAGAAGGUUUAGCACUAAGCGCCCUUGCUGCUCUCGGCAGAGGACCCAGAUUCUGUUCCGAGUGCCCACAUGGUGGCUCAUAACCGUCUGUAACUCCAGUUCCAGGGGAUCUGAUGCUCUCUUCUGGUCUCCAUGCAUGCACAUGGUGUACACAUAUACAUAAAUAAAAUUUAAAAAAUAAAUUAUUUUUUUCACUGACCUGGGUUACCAGGACUCCAACUGAGCUCUGGGUUGGUUGGUUGGCCUUGGGUCUCUUCUGAGCCUCCAUUCGCCAGGCUACAGCAGCAGGCAACGCCCCCUUCUCGCUUCAGUAGCCACAGCAGAUUAAAGCUCUCGCUCCGCUAUGAUUGCAGGCCCUUGGCUGCAGCCGUGCAUACAAAGAUAAAAUAUGCUACAACAUUCCUUUUAUUCUCCCUCCUUUCGUGUCCCCAGUGCCCAUAUCUUACCUCCCAUGCGGCAGGUAAGGAAUUGUUGCUAAAAGUCCUUUCCUUGAGGAGAUAUAAGCAUUGACUUUCUCUCCUCUUCAAGUCCCAACAACCAAGGUAGAGUGCCACCAAAGUUCCCCCAGGAACCAAUGGACUUGUUAGGUGUCUUACAGAGCAGGGGAUGAGGGGAUGAGGGCAGAGGUGGCCUUAGAACAACAGUCUGCACGGGGGCAACAAUGACUUCCCGGGAUUGCUUCAAUGAAGCUUUUCUCCCUACCUGUAUGCUCUCGCCUCUCCCCACAAGACCACAUGCCAUAGGGCAGAGCUGCAUACAACUGGUUGGGAGGGGUGGUUUGAUACUCAAGGGAGGGCCCCAAGAUGCUUCCCGCCCCCUCCUCUGAGGGAGGGAAAGCGGGCAGAACUCCUAAAGAUGGAGGAUAGUUCUGUACAAUGGGAGUUACCCGCGAAGCCACUGAGAUACCUCUCCUCAGAGCUAGAGGACCGGGGCUGUGUUCCGACAGGAGCUUGCAGCAGGCUAGAGGGGGCUCAGGCAGCGGCAGAGGAGCAGCCGGUGUGCACCUGACUCAGAGGCACUCACCCCUGCCACUUCCUGUACACAUGUCCACACCCGUGCCCCGUUUCCUAGCAGCAGACUGUGGAAGAAGACACUGGACCAGGGCAGUUUCCACACGGUCCACUGGAGAACAGGAAACACAAGAAAACAUGCAUGCCUCUCAGAAGCCUGCCUUUCUCCGCUGUGGAAGCUUGUGGUGUCCGACACCCCUGGCUGGGAGUCAGGGCUUAAGCCUCAUGACCGGAGAGAGAUGGAGGUGGAUCCCAAGAAGCCUUCCAUGUACAAAGCAUCUGUAAAUCACAUGGUCCUGGGAGAAUCUCAUGAAGCCAUUUUCUCUGCUGCCCUAUUUGGAAAGGGACUUUCCUGUGCACUCCCAAAGCCACUCCCUUUUUAAACUCUAGGGUCUGAAGAUUUGUCUUCUUUUGCUUUUUUCUAAAGAAAAUAUUAAAUUAUAGAGAAUGACCAAUGUAAUGUUAAAUAAUAAGUUGUUUCAGAGACUGUGAAAAAUUGUUUUAAAAAUGAAUGAAAAUAAAUAGCUCUGAAAAUAAGGACUUAGUUGUUUUGUGUGCGCACAUUCCUGACAAGGCC